AUGUCCUAUCGACCUCAACAACGACAAAAAGGACCAGCAGCACCAGUGAAAAGAUAUAGAGCUGGUGUUCCUAAGGGUUAUGUAGAAGAAUCAUCAGAAUCAGAUGAAGAAGAAGAACAACAACAACAACAACAACAACAACAACCAAGUGAAAAACCAGUGGUACAAUUUGCUCAAAAGGAUGUAGUGACUGGCAUCCAACAAGUCCACAUCUCUGAAAAGGAUGCACAAUCAGAUCGUAGAUUACGACGAUUACAACAAGUACAGCAACAACAACAACAACAACAACCAGGAAUACGACGAAGAAGAAUGGUAGAAGAAGAAGAAGAAGAAGAAGAAGAAGAAUCGGAUCAAGAAGAUAAUGUGGAUGAAGAUCAACAAGCAAAACAUCGUGCCUUGAUGAAACAAAAGGCUCUACAACGUGUACAAGACGAACAACAGUUUAGUACAAAAGUAGAGAUUUCUGAAGAAGAGGCAUCAGAAGAAGAAUCUGAGGAAUCAAGCGAAUAUGAAACGGAUAGUGAAGAAGGAGACACACUACAACGAAUGCCUAAACCAAUGUUUGUACCAAGGAACCACCGAGCUACCAUCUUAGAACAGGAACGAUUACAACGUGAAGCUGAAGAACGUGAACAGCGAUUAGCAGAUGAACUUGAAGAACGUAGACAACAAUCACACAAUUUGUUAGCUGAGGAACUCAAACGUGAAAAUGAAAAAGCUGCAGAAUCAGAUGUGGAAGAUGAUGUGGAUGACACAGAUGGAUUGGAUGAAGAAGCAGAAUUUGAAGCUUGGAAAAUUCGAGAAUUGAUGCGUGUCAAACGAGAUCGAGAAGAACGUAUUGCUCGAGAAAAGGAAGAAGAAGAAUUGGAACGUCGUCGGGCAUUACCAGAAGAAGUACGACUUAAAGAAGAUAUGGAACGUGCCAAUGAAACAAGAAACAAAGAAAAGGGUGAAUUCACAUAUAUGCAAAAGUAUUACCAUAAAGGUGCUUUUUAUCGAGACGAAGAGGAUGAAAUCUUUAAACGUGAUUAUUCUGCUCCAACAAUCAAUGAAGUCCGGAAAAAAGAUCUUUUACCCAAGGUGAUGCAGGUCAAGAAUUUUGGUUUGGCUGGACGUACAAAAUAUACCCAUUUGGCUGAUCAAGAUACAACGGACAAGGAUUCUCCCUGGAAUCAACAACCUUUGCCAAAACGAAGAAAACAUGGGUUUGAUGAUAGGAAAUAGUAUUUAGUUUUUAUUUAAUCGUUGUACAUAGUUUAUUGUUUACAAAAAGAAAUAAAAUCAAGAAAACACCUAUUGUGAUCCUUA